UUAGCGUUCCGACGCUAUCUAAAGCACACUAUAAUUUGAUUGGUUAACGCGAAUCUGAAGAAAUUGGCGCGUACUACCGGUUCUGUAAUAUUGAUCGACACUCAUCAUCCAUCAUCUUUCAAUCUCCAGCUAUCUUUCUUGAAAGCAACAAUAACAACAAACAACAAACAACAAACAACAGCAACAGCAAUUCACCAAAUCGCAUCCUCGAGCGCAUCGUCUUCUGCCAUAUAUGAAGAUUCACAAGGUCAAUUUGAGGGGACUAUCAUGAUGUCUACUCUCCCACCAACUUCUCCAAGGCUUCCAAGCCCACCUCCACCCACAGAAAUCCAGAUUGGUCCUAAAUCUCCAUCCCUUGGGAGUGCUUCCUCAAAUCAAGAACAAAUGAUGGAACAAAGUAUUAUAGAAGCCAAUGCCAGUCGGAGGAUACGUCCAGGAACAAAAGCUGGUGAUAUGGCUGCUGGUCCACCUCUCAUACCUUUGAGUGAGGUUUGUGUGCCUCCUGAUUUUAAGCUCAAAGGCUACGUCGCAUCUACAUUAUGAUAAUAUGCUAACAUAUUUUUGGUACCAUCUAGCUCGACUCAGCAUUUCAAUUACAAGAACAUUUAAAAGCGCUGCAUUACUAUCAUACUAAACCUCCUUCCAAAGACCAUAGCGUUCCUAUAACUCGGGAAACUGCCGUCGAAAUAGCCACACCACCAAAUGGUCUCGAUCAAGCUCUUUGGCUUUAUGAACUCUGCCGCUUCCUAAUCAAUAAAUGUAAUGAUCUAAUAAUUGGAUUCCUCUUUGAUGAUCCUCCAUGUUCCGCACAUACAUGCCCAGAAAUGCGCGCUUCCGAAUGGCAAUUUCUUUGCGCCGUACAUGAAUCACCCAAAAGUUGUUGCGCUAUCGAUUAUUGCUGUCAUACAUUAGAUUGGGCUACCAAUAUCGUAACUAGUCAAAAGAUAUUUCCAAGUCGUUUGAGUAUGGCUGCUGGUGAUGCGAUGGAUGACAGAGGAGCUGGUGUUAAACAUUUAAUUAAUAUUUUCAGACGUUUACAUCGUAUAUUUGCGCAUGCAUGGUUUCAACAUCGAGGAGUAUUUUGGCAGGUCGAGGGUCAAACGGGUCUUUAUGUGUUGUUUAAGACGGUUUGUGAUAUGCAUGAGCUAUUGCCACCAGAGAAUUAUAAGCUACCGCCAGAAGCAGAAGGGUUGGAAAAUGUCGAGGAUAAACCACCGACAAUUACGUCAAUUUUAAAGACGCCAGUAGGGGUUGAGGAGGACUUUUUAGGACUCGGAAGACAAAAUACAACGAGGAGACAUGUUAGGCAAUCUCCCUCAGUGGGAUCGGCGAUUACGACAGUUCAAGAAAUUGAUGAAGAAGAAGGGGAUAUUGCUCAAAGAUUAAGGAUCGCACGUAACUCAAGGAUUGCAGAGGAAGAAGGAGAGGAUGGAGGCGCGGAAAGUGAUACUGGGACGGAAAUACCGGUCAUUGUGGAGACUUUUGAGGAGGUGGAUCCAGAUCAUGAUAUGGAAACCGGGAAGUCGAAUGAUGGGGUAUCAGAAGAAGAAGAGCCGAUUUCGGAAAUGAUUGAAGAAUUGGAACCGGAGCAGGAGGAUUCAGAGACAGUCAUUCACGAUGAUGACUCAAAGGCAGAUUCCACGGGUUCAUGGGAUAGUAUGUCUGGUGAUUCGCUAGGAGACAAGACGGAGGUGAAACAAGAGAAUGGUGAUACUGGUGAAGAAAAGGCUGAGCCUGUCGCUGAAGAGCCAGUCACAGAGUCAAAGCUGAAGCUAGAGGCAGAGCCAGGCUCAGCCACGGAAUCGGCACCAAUGCCAGAAUCGAAGCUAGAGCCAGAGCCACAUAGUACAGAAAUUGGCGGAGAGGCAGAAGAGGAGCAAGAAGUACAAGAGCAAAAAGAUAACUCAAGUGAAGAUGAAAAUGCAUCUCCACCCAAAGAAGCACCUCCAAAAAAGUCCAAGAAAUCCAAAAAGAAAUCCAAAAAAUCCGCAGCAGCAAAAGAAGCUUCAAAAAUAUCAACAUCAACCAAUCACAUAAACGACGAUACGAACACCAUGGAGAGGGAAAAAGCAUCGGGUCAAGUUAAAGAGACAGGGGAAGAUCAAAAGGCUUGAUUUUUCUUUUAAAAAACAUAGCAUUGGCAUGAUGGAUAAGGAUUCUAUGAGCUUAUGUCUAUUCUUCUAUGGUAUCCCAUUCACUUCUCUCGUGUUAUUAUAAUUCAUCAUCACCGAUAGGACCGGGUUUUCGGUUUCGGCUUAGGUUAUUUCGAGCUUGUAUAAGAGUGAGCUUCGUGUCUUAAUUUCACCUUUACCCUCCACUAGGUACUUUUUAUUUUACUUUUUUCUUCUUCCUUUUUUUUCUCCUGCAGCAGAGAGAUGGGGAACUUGAUGCUUGUAUGGUUGUACUUUUAAGAUACCCGAAUUAGGAAUAGAGUGAAAAUUAAU